UUGGCUGUUGCUCAUUUUGAUGCCGUCUUCGCCUUUAUGGGACACUUUCGUAAAGAACACGUACGAGAGAUGAUUACUCAACUGCAGCCAGAAGUACUGAACACUAACGAAUUGUGUAUGGCAGCAUUUGGUGUACGAUGUGCAGCAGUCUUUAGAACGGCUCAUAAGGGGCUAGAGAUGCAAAUCAAGGAAGCUGUUGUGGUGGGAGGAUAUCGUAGCGCGUCAUUUCAGAAAGGGUUGGCUGGACCUUACGGGGCGGGGCGCGAGGAGGAUAGAUCGGCGGAAAAUAGCGCUGAGUGA